AUGGCUUCCAGAGGAGUUUCGGCCCUGAAGUUCGUGGGCACUGUCUCACUAGGUCUCCUGACGGGCCUCUCCUACUCUCUCUCCGCCGUCACGGUGCCCUCGAUUCUCGCCCUCCCCUCCGCUUCUGACGCCGUCCGCGCCUUCGAGAACCUCACCUCUUCCUCGACCCUCCAGCUUCGCGCUUUGACCGGCCUUUCGACCGCCUCCUUCCUCCUCGCCUUCUUCCUCUCCCCACGCGCCUUCCGCCACCCCUACCUUGUCUACGCCUCCGCCUUCGCCCUGACUUCCAGCCUCGCCGAGCAGAUUGCCUCACGCUCUCUCGCCGCCGACUCGUCCUCCCACGAGGCCGCCCAUGCCAACCUCGCCGCCCGUCGCGAGAGGCGCGCCGCCCGCAACGCCGCCCGGACGGCACGCAUGGAGGCCAGCUAUGAGGUCGUCGGCGACUCGCACAGCGACGGCACCGGCAGUGUCAGCGGCGCAGAGGACCUCGAUGCCGAGGAGGAGGCGCUCAACGGGGAGCAGGUGCGCGGCGAGGUCGAGGCGUUUGGAAAGACGCAGCUGGUGCAGGCCGGUGUCGCAUCUGUCGGCUUCCUGAUGGCCGUCGUGGGUAUCUGGGGCGAGGGCACCAUUUACGUGUUUUAG